CCCGCACGCCCCCUCCUCGCUCGCCUCCAGCACUCCGGCUUCGUCAUCGUCCGCAACACCCUCUCCGCCACCGACCUCACUACGCUCCGUGGCGCAGCCACACGGCUGACAUCCGUCGCGCGGUGCGGCGCGUGGCCGCACGUGCGGACGGUGGGCAAGCAGUUCCCGCCCUGGGACGCAUCAGCUGCCCGCUCCGCCGGCAUCUGGGGCGUGCAGCACCUUUUGCACCCAGACCUGCCACUCAGCACCGCCGACCGCGCCGCCUUCGCGCGCGUGUACUUCUCCGACGCCGUGCUGCGCGUGGUGCGCGAGCUGCUCGAGAUGGACAGCGACGAGCAGCUGGUCAUGGAGCUGUUCAACAUGCUGGUGCGGCCGGGGACGGAGGCAGAGCCGAUGGAUGACUUCGCGCUGCGGUGGCACCGCGACGACAUUCCUUGGGAGGCGACGGCGGACGAGGAGGAGGCGCGGCUCUCGGCCACAAAUCAGCAGCAGCACGCGCAGUUCAACCUCGCGCUGUACGACGACGCGUCGCUCAUCGUGGUGCCCGGCAGCCACGCGCGGGCGCGCACGGCGGCGGAGCGCGGCGCGGACCCUUAUGAUGAUGGCAACGCCAUGCCCGGCGCGGCGGCCGUGGCGCUGGCGCCCGGCGACAUAGUCUUCUACGACAACAACAUUGUGCACCGCGGCGUGUACGCGGCCGGCCGCGAGCGCGCCACGUUGCACGGCUCCGUGGGCCGCGCGGCGGUGGCUGGGGCCGAUGACGAGGCGGCGAACGCGCGCGCGCGGAAUGUCCUCCAGCACGGCGUCGGCGCCUAUGUCGACCGCUGCGACUUUUCGGGGCUGCCGCAAUUCCGGACGGCCGAGGCCAUGCGCCGCCGGCUAGUGGACAUGGGGCGCCAGCACGGCGACGUGGGGUACAGUCUCAGCGGGUGA